UAGAUUUGCAGUUUUAUGCUUUUGUGUGGUUCAUUGUAUUAUGAAACAACUGAGGAAAAAAAUAAAGAUGAUUCUGUAAGCCUUUUUCCAAUCUCUCGUUAUGCUUUGGACAGUGAAAUUAAAAUUUUUAGGCAAUGUAAGUCAUUUUAUGAUAGCGGCUUUCAGAGGUGUAGGUUGCAGAGUGUGCCUACGUCCCUGGCUCUGUGCAAAUCGGGGCCUCAGACACUUCCCAGAUUCUCGGCGCUCUCUGAGAUCCGGUCCUCGGCGACCUGCAGACCAAAGGGACCGGCUGGGCUUGGAAACACCGACUGGUGGGGUUCCGGGGAGGGGACAGGCUCCUCACGGAGAAGGGAGUCAGAGAGCUGCUCGCCCACCUCUUUCUUUCCAUCCUUUGCUCCUAGGGUUUUACAAGCGUGGGUCAGACAAACAGGCGCGUUAUUUCCAGCCAUUCUACCCGGUAACCGGAUCUGGGCAGCAAAAUCAACUCGCAAAAGCGUCCAGAGACUGCAGCCAGACCGCCGCCCUGGAGUAAAGGUCCUGACCACUGGCAUGAACUUUACCCAAUUGCCAAGGGGGACAAUCAGUCACCCAUUGAGCUGCACACUAAAGACAUCAGUGCUGAGAGGUGGUCCUCUUUCUGGACCCUACCGACUGCGCCAGUUUCAUCUUCACUGGGGCUCCUCCGACGAUCACGGCUCUGAGCACACGGUGGACGGAGUGAAGUAUGCAGCGGAGCUUCAUCUGGUGCACUGGAAUCCAAAGUAUAACACUUUUGGGGAAGCUCUGAAGCAACCUGACGGAAUUGCUGUGGUUGGCGUUUUUCUGAAGAUAGGACGGGAGAAAGGCGAGUUCCAACUUCUCCUGGAUGCAUUGGACAAAGUUAAGACAAAGGGCAAGGAGGCGCCCUUCACACACUUCGACCCUUCCUGCCUGUUCCCUGCCUGCCGCGACUACUGGACCUACCACGGCUCCUUUACCACCCCUCCGUGCGACGAGUGCAUCGUGUGGCUGCUGCUGAAAGAGCCCAUGACCGUGAGCUCCGACCAGGUGGCCAAGCUGCGCACCAUCUUUGCCAGCGCCGAGAACGAGCCCCCGGUGCCCCUGGUGGAGAACUGGCGCCCUCCGCAGCCUCUCAAGGGCAGGGUGGUGAGAGCCUCCUUCAAAUGAGGCCGCAGGAUCUUGCCCUGUUCAGGAAAGGAAACUUGCCACCGUCCGAGCGGUUCCCCGCCGCCCUCUGGUGCUCCUUCCUCCAAGUCUAUUCAUCUUUCCACACCCUGCGAGGAAUGUGAGUGACGCAGUGGCCAAGAAACCAGCUCCUUGUGACCAGAUGUAACAGCAAACCAUGAAUUUCACACCUGACCUUUGUAAUAGUCAUCUUUUCUAUAAAAGUAGUAUGUCUAGUGAGCUUUCAGAGGAGCAGAAAUGAGACAGAAGAGUGAAAAUACAGGAAAAUGACCACUGAACACCAGUUUUCUGUCAUCUUAAAUUCACAGAACCGCAGGUCUUCUACGUUUGUAUUAUGAAUUGUCCACCUUACAGAAAAACGAAUGAUUUCAUCUGUAGUAGAGGUGAUGUUUCUCUGAUAAGCAAGAAAUUAAAAUGAUUGUGGUCACAGAAUUAAAAUGAUAAUGUUCUACCUCUUAACACCAGGAGGUCCAUUAUCUAUUAAAAGUUAGCUCUGACUAAGGUUACCUGGUUUUGGUUAUUGAUGAAAGGAAAACACAGUAAGACGAAGAGUUUGGAAGUGUUUGACCCAGUAUUUGAAUUUCUUCUUCAUAAAGAUGGUUUUCUUUACCUGAAGCAGGGCCAUUUAUUUUUUAUUAAACUACUUUUCUCUUUGCAUGCCUAUUAAAAUAAAAAACUGUCUCUGCUGUCUUUCGAAUUCGAGGCUGGAAUUAACGGUUCCUAGAACACAGGGAAGUGCUCGGUGGCACUUGAAGUCAAAGUAGCUAUGUUGACGAAUCACCAAAUAAAGACAUGGAUGCAAAAAA